AUGGACAUCUAUUCAAUGUGCUUUGACGGUUGGCAUUUGCCGCCAGUCAAAGGUCACGUGACUUAUCGUAUCCGCGCCAAUAAGUAUCCAUGUGCGGACAGACGAUCCGCGCCAAUAAGUAUCCAUGUGCGGACAGACGAUCCGCGGGCAUCGAGUCGAGAAGACGCAUUUCCCGUCUCUCUCUUCACCAUACGGGUUAAACACCUAGACUUCAUACAACACAAAUCAUCGACGAACGGCGGUGACCUUAAAGCUGCAGACAAAUAUGAUCUUCAGGGUGAAGGGCACAAAAUGUCGACUCGUUUGUUUACAGCUUGUCGGGCUUUCGGGAUUCAAUUCGGUUGUAAAAACCGAAUUCAAUCGACCAUUGCACCUACCAUUUUCCAUUUAUCCAACACAUCACGACAGAACUAUUCAACAGCUCCAAAACAAUGUUUGCAGUAUGGUGGGCGGCAUACAGUCACGCUCUUGUCUGGUGAUGGAAUUGGACCAGAACUUCUGAAUCAUGUCAAAACUGUUUUCAGGUUUGCUGGUGCUCCUGUAGAUUUUGAUGAAGUAACUAUCAAUUCUUCGACCGCAGAUGCUGCAUCCAUGGAAAAAGCUUUGCUCUCAAUCAAGAGAAAUGGUGUCGCUCUUAAAGGGAAUAUUGAGACCAUAAUGAAUGAUCCUAGUCAAAGAUCUAUGAAUGUUUCACUCAGAAUUAAUCUCAAUCUGUGGGCCAGUAUUGUACAUUGCAAAACUCUUUCUGGAAUCAAGAACAGACAUGAAAAUAUCGACAUUGCUAUCAUCCGUGAAAACACUGAAGGUGAAUAUGCCAAUCUUGAACAUGAGAAUGUUAAUGGCGUUGUUGAAAGUCUAAAAAUCAUUACAGCCCAAAAUUCCACUCAGAUUGCUGAAUAUGCAUUUGACUAUGCCGUUCGUCAUGGCCGCAAAAAGGUGACUGCUAUCCACAAAGCAAAUAUCAUGAAACUUGCAGAUGGCUUGUUUCUUGAGUGUUGCCGAAAAGUGUCUGAGCGAUAUCCAGACAUAGAAUUCAAUAACAUGAUAGUGGAUAAUGCUUGCAUGCAAAUGGUGUCUUAUCCUCAACAAUUUGAUGUUCUUGUUUUGCCUAACCUUUAUGGCAAUAUCCUCAGCAAUGUUGCUGCUGGAAUGGUUGGUGGAGCUGGUCUGGUCUCAGGAAUGAACGUUGGUGACGAUUAUGCUAUCUUUGAAACGGGAACUCGUAACUCAGGCCGUUCAAUUCAAGGAAAAAAUAUUGCCAACCCCACAGGAAUGUUGCUUGCAAGUUGUGAUAUGUUAGAUUAUCUUGGCCAUAAUCAUCAUGCCACUUUGCUCAGAGAGUCUGUGAUGAAUGUCCUAUCAAAUGAAAAGGUGCAUACCCCUGACAUUGGAGGUACAGCUACUACUAGUGAUGUUAUUCAGGCCAUUAUUGAUAAUCUCAAACCCAAAGCCAAAAGCUGGUUGUUUUCAUAG